UCCCUUUCCCUGGGGGAGAGAUAAGAUUCACCUUCCUAGAGCUGCUGAGAUAAAACCUCAGUCAGAAUAAACACAUCAUGGAAUCCGCACACAGGAAAGGCUUCUACACUCAGGAGAUCAAUAAAACAAAAUGGGAGGUUCCUGCGCGCUACAAAGAACUGAGAGCCAUCGGUUCUGGAGCUUACGGGACCGUCUGCUCGACAAAGGACUCCGUGACCGAGGAACGUGUUGCCAUUAAGAAAUUGCUGCGCCCAUUCCAGUCUCUGAUUCACGCCAAGAGAGCUUACCGGGAGCUACGCCUUUUAAAACAUAUGAACCAUGACAAUGUUAUCUCUCUGCUAAAUGUCUUCAGUGCUGAUGACUCCUUGGAAACUUUUCAGACAUUUUACCUUGUCAUGCCAUAUAUUCCCCUGGACCUGACACGGGUCAUGAAGAUACAAAAACUAAACCACAGCAUGAUUGUCUAUCUCCUCUACCAGAUCCUCCGAGGACUACAGUAUAUUCAUUCUGCGGGUGUCGUGCACAGGGAUUUAAAGCCGAGUAAUCUGGGGGUGAAUGAAAACUAUGAGAUUAAGAUUUUAGAUUUCGGGCUGGCUCGCCAAACGGAGAGUGAAAUGACUGGAUACGUGGUGACACGCUGGUACAGAGCACCAGAAAUUAUUUUAAAUUGGAUGCACUACAACCAAACAGUGGACAUUUGGUCUGUUGGAUGCAUCUUGGCUGAAAUGAUCACUGGCCGUGUUCUGUUUCCAGGAGGAGACUAUUUUGAUGAACUGAACAAAAUUAUUGAGGUAAUAGGAAGUCCCCAACCAUCAUUAAUCAUCAAGAUGGAAAGCAAACAUGCUCAAGACUAUUUAAAAAUGCUACCACACAAGCAAAAGAAGAAUUUUAAAGAGGUUUUCCCGACAAUGAACGCGCUAGAGAUUGAUCUGCUGGAGAAAAUGCUGGAACUGGACCCAGAAAAAAGGUUAUCGGCUGCAGAAUGUCUGGCACAUCCGUACCUAGAAGAAUUCCAGGACUCAGACCCUGACCCGCCUGCAGAGAAAUACGACGAUUCCUUUGAAAACCUGAACCUUGGUAUCGCCGAGUGGAAAAGUUUAAGUCACAUGGAAGUCAUGACAUUCGAUCCGAAGAACCCGACCCAACGCGCUACUUAACCACACCGGUGCAGUUCCUUGUUGUCUGCCAGGCAGCCGCAUCCUGGGACUUCGGAAAAAGCUCCAGAACAGAAUCAGAGCAAAGAACAGUCUGUUCAUCAAACGAUCGAUCCAACUUACAAAUGGAAAGCCCUCAUUUUUUGUUACGGACUAAAUAGGACUAUGAACAUAAAAAUGUUAUCCGUAUAUUUCUAACAUGAAUGUGUCUUUUACAACCUGUGGAGCUCCAGUUUUAUUGGACAUACAAGCUUCAUCAAACAAACUUUUAUUUCUGUUUUGGAUGGUUGUUGGUAGAUUGAGACACUUAAUACCUUCUUGGGACUACAUCAUGAAGAUCUCUGUACCCACCUGCUUCAGCCAGAAUUAGGCUCUAUUCACACUUGUGUGACUUGUUAUGCAACUUUGGACAUUAAAGUUGCAUGACAACUGUUCAAAUAUGUGCGACUUAAAGUUGCAGUGACUUUAAAAGGUUCCUGCACUACUUUGUUCCAACUUUCAUGCGACUUGCAUGCCAUAGACUGCAAUCUCAAAAAUUGCAUAAACGUCGCACCUGAAUGUCAUACAUGCAACAGCUGUCCAUUAUCAUUGGUCAAAGCCACAUCCAAGUCACACCUAUCCAAAGUUGCACAAACGAUGCACUCCAAAGUCUCGCAACUUUGGAGUCCUACAAGUGUGAAUGGAGCCUAAGGCGUGGUUCACACAUGCUGCAGCCAAGGUGUUCGGUGUGUCCCUGUACACCGGUUCAGGUGUGAAUCGGGUCCAAAUUUUUGCCUGAAUUCGCACCUGAUCAGAACCAAAGAUGCACAGGACCCUUUUUCAAAUGUGGCAACUGCGGCUGCCCCAGAGGUGUGUGAACCGGCUCCAUUGCAAGCCAGGCACACUCUCCUGUCAUGCGAAUUGAAUGCAGAAAAUCCACAUCCAAUUUGCAUAAAUGUGAACCCAGCCUAAAGGGAUCUCAUAUUCAUUGUUGAAUAUCUCCUUUAUAAUAUAUUAAAGGGGUAGUAAA